UGUUCCUGUCUGCUGCCAGUGCUGCUAAUAAAGCUCGAUUCAAACAAACGCGCCGCCCGACGCGACCUCAACCAGCUCCUUCCGCCCGCUGCUUUGACCACCAACCGAGAGAGGCGUAGCGGAGCCUGGAAGGCGGGACCGGAAGUGAAGCCACCGCUCCGCAGGGUGAAAGGUUAGCGGAAGUGCCCUUCUUUCCUUUCUGCUGGGUACCGGCUCCUUGCUGUCGAAAUGGGCAAGUUCAUGAAACCCGGGAAAGUGGUGCUGGUCCUGGCCGGACGCUACUCCGGACGCAAAGCCGUCAUCGUGAAGAACAUUGACGAUGGCACCUCAGACCGCCCUUACAGCCAUGCCCUGGUGGCUGGAAUUGACCGCUAUCCCCGAAAAGUGACAGCUGCCAUGGGCAAGAAGAAAAUCGCCAAGAGGUCAAAGAUCAAGUCCUUUGUGAAAGUUUAUAACUACAAUCACCUCAUGCCCACGAGGUACUCUGUGGACAUCCCCUUGGACAAAACAGUUGUCAACAAGGAUGUCUUUAGAGACCCAGCCCUGAAACGCAAGGCCAGGCGGGAGGCCAAGGUCAAGUUUGAGGAAAGAUACAAGACAGGGAAGAACAAAUGGUUUUUCCAGAAGCUUCGCUUUUAGAUAUAUUUUUGUUCCCAUCAUUAAAAAAAAAAAACUUGUGUCUGCCUGCUGCAUGUGUAUUGAAAAAGGAGACCAUGGGAUAAGAGACAUUGGAAAGGGGGCUGUGAAAUGAAGCCGGUGUGCUUUGUGAGUCUUGAACUAGGUGACCAGCUGAUGGAUUGAAAACCUCCUUGAAGAAAGUGACCCUGAGCCUUUGCCCCAGAGCUGCUCCUGACAUUUUAAUGAGGUGUAGAACUGUGUUCUGUCAAAGCAGGGAAGGGUGAAGCUCAGCCUGCCUCCUGUUAGGAACCUCAUUCUGAUAACCCAGGUGCUUGACUAUGCUGCAGAGAUUUAAAAUGCAGACAUAGUAGCUAGUGCCUUUAAUCCCAACAGGGUGAUCUCUUGAGUUUAACACCAUCCUGGUCUACAUAGUUGUGGGGCAGCCAGAUCAACAGUGAGAUCCUGUUUUAAAGAAGUGCCCCCAUGAGGGGCACUUGGGAGGCAGAGGACAGCCAGGCCGACACAGAGAAACCCUAUCUCAAAAAAACAAAACAAAACCUCCCAAACAUAAAGAAAUGCAGGCAUAUAGCACUAGAGGCAGGUGAGUCUCAGGUUGAGGCCAGCCAAUGUUACAUAGUGACACCAUUUAAAAAAAGGUUUGUGAGGGGAACCAGUGGCUGUGUGCUAAUAGAAAAAGCUGGUGGUGUCUCAGUGCAAAUCAGUGUUGACUAGUACAGCCCUGGCAGUGUUCCCCAGAGAAAUCCUGUCACUAGAUGGAUGGCCCAGCAGUUAGGAACAAGGUUCUCUCAGGACCAGAGUUUGUUUCCCAGCACCUACAUCACACACAAUUCUUAAGAAUUAAGGGAGGGCGGUAGUGGUGCACGCCUUCAAUCUCAGCACUAAGGAGGCAGAGGCAGGUGGAUCUCUGAGUUCGAGGCCAGCCUGGUCUACAGAGAGAGUUCCAGAACAGGUACCAAAACUACACAGAGAAACUCUGUCUCGAAAACAACAAAAAAGACUAAGGGAGGGUGAGGCAGAGGCAGGGGGAUCUCUGAGUUGGAGGCCAUCCUGGUCUACAGAGUGAGUUCCAGGACUGCACAAUGAAACCCUGUCUGAAAAAGGGCAAGAUGGCAUGGUGGGUAAGGGCUGCUGCUGCUGCCAAGUCUAAUGAAUAAUUACCUGGAACCCACAGGAUACCAACCCAUAAAAGUCGUUAACCCCAUGCCUUCACAAUGGUAUGUGGACACCCCUGCCCACACAAUAAAUGUAAUUUUAAAAAUAAAAUCUGCUGGAUAUGC